AGUCGAUGUCGAUAAAUUCCUAAAUAAAAUCUAAAUUGCAACCGUCAGACGUUCCAUCUCUAGUUUUAUUUAUUUUUUGAUUUAUUUUAAAAACAAUAUUAAUUCAGCAAUAAUAAUGACAAAUCUGCAGCGUUGGCUCUUCUACGCCGCCCUAUUUGCGGUGCCCUACCUGUCUCUGGUGCUAGGAACAGUGCAAACACAGUUGACGACCAAGUAUUUCCUAUUUGUUCAAUUUUUGCCGGUUUUGUUGUUGGGGCUUUUUGGAAUCUACUCCGUGUGGACUGUUUUGUAUCGGACAUUUACUUUUAAUGAUUGCCCCGAAGCAGCCAAGGAAUUGCAGGCAGAGAUUCUAGAGGCACGCAAAGAUCUAAUUGCCAAGGGAUUUCGGUUUCGCGAUUGAAACUGGUGCUAUUUGUAAUUUAAUUAAAAGUUCUGCAAAAGUCUA